UCCACGAUAAGAAGAGAAGGGAAACGGUGUCUCUAAAGCCAGAGAGCUUUAAUUUUCUUCUAAUCCAAACACCAAAACCAUCAUUUUUCUUUUAUAUAUUAACAUGGAUUUCACCAACUCAUCCGCCUCACCCUCAAAGACCAAAAGAAAUAAGCAACAAAACGACCAACAAGACCAACACCAAGAAGUAAGGUUCUUGGGAGUGAGAAGAAGACCAUGGGGCCGAUAUGCAGCGGAGAUUAGAGACCCUUCUACCAAAGAGAGGCAUUGGCUCGGCACUUUUGACACAGCUGAGGAAGCCGCCUUAGCCUACGACCGUGCCGCCCGCUCCAUGAGGGGCUUCAAAGCCCGCACCAAUUUUGUUUACUCGGAUAUGCCUGCUGGAUCCUCUGUCACCUCUAUUAUCUCCCCUGACGAAACGCAACACCACAUUUCCGCUCUCAUCGCUCCCCAGCGACACUGUAAUCAAAACGACACCAACCAGCAACAACAGGUCCUCUUCACUGAGGAUAGCACCUUCAAUGCGUCAUUUCCUCACGCUAAUAGCUGUGGGCUGGUAACUGGGGGAGAUGGAUGGGUUCAAGGAGCUGGGGCUGGCGGGUCUUUCCAGCCCGUUAAUGCUACUAUGGAUGCGGGUGGUCCCAAUAAUUACUCUGGUGACAGUAUUGAGCUCCCUCCUUUGCCUCCUGAUGUGACUAGCUCUUGUUGCUAUGGGUCGGAAGUUGGUGAUGGAUUUUGGAACGAGACCAACUUUUUUGGGUUUUCUGAAGAAACAUCAAAUGCAGCAAGCGGGCCGUGUUUGGGCUUUGAUUCGAAAGAGUUUGUCCAACAGAACCCAUUGUUUGAAAGGGCGCCGUCAGUUUCUGAUACGGUGGCGGAAGGGUUGGAUUUGGGUUCAUCAUCGACCGCCUUCUUCUAACUAAAUUACGUUAUCUAUACUAUAGUUUUUUUAUUUUUAUUUUUUUAAAGCGCGUGAUGAGCCCAAAAUAGAAACUUAAACUUGAUUCUGUCAGUUAAGUGAUAGCUUUCAACUAUUAAAUCACGCUAGGCUAAGCGCUUGUGGUGGUGCCAUUUUGAUGUUGCGGACAAUAUCAUACGGCCUUCGGAGUUUCGUAACCAAAUUGGAGAUGCAACAGUUUGCUUUGAGUCUGUUUCAUACUUGCUUUGAAUGAAAAGUGUAUGCCCUUUCAGGAU